CAACACGACGAAUCGCAGGACGCAAAAAGGAUAAAGAACAUCUUUCUGUUGCACUAUGUACAAAUGCUAAUGGAAAUAAUACAAAGGCUUGGAUGCUUGUAGUUCUUUUCCAAGAAUGGCUUCAGGAUUAUAAAUUAGAUGAGUUAACUCUUCAGCACGUAGAUGUUCAUUUUUUACCUAAAAACACAACAUCAAGACUGCAACCAAUAGAUACGGGAAUCAUUAUAGCUUUUAAAAAAGCCUAUCGUCGGUUUCAUCUCCGAUGGAUGUUAGAGCAAAUUGAAGGUUGGGAAGAAGUUUUAGCUGAUACUAUAUGCAAUUGUUGGCAUCAUACUCAAAUUCUUCCACUUAGUGCAGGUCUUUCUGAUAAUCAUUAUGAAACUAACAAUUCAGGGCUCAGGGAUCUUAUUAAUUCACUUAAUAUGCUUUGCCUUCCCAAUGCUAUGGAGGUUGAUGAAUUUCUUAAUAUUAGUGGUGAAGAUAUCAUUUAUGAAGUUCCCCCGGAAGAUCAAGCCAUUAAAGAGUUGGCUUAUGUGUUCAAAAAUGAUGAAAGCAUUGAAGCUAUGGAAGAAGAAGAUAUGGAAGUAAUAGAGGAUGAUAGUGUAGAACUUGCAAUUAUCAGUGCUAGUUCAGCAUUAAAUAGCUUAGAAAACAUCCGAAUGUUUUUGCUUUAG